AUGAUUGGCGCAGUGACUCCGAGCUCCGAAAUCCGAGACGUCGCAAAUUUCUCUCCGCUUCACUUCAUAUCGCGCAGAAACUGUGCAUCUCAGUCCGACUGCACGCCCUCAGGACACAGAGAUAUGUUCCCAUCGGCUAUCAUGCGUCGGAAUGGCAAGCCACAAUCCUGCGAGCCCUGUCGGAAGUCCAAGCUUCGAUGUGACCAUACCCGGCCUGUCUGUGGUCGAUGUACCGCCAGGAAUAUGGCGCAGCGCUGCUUCUACCAUCCUUCGCCGAUGACCAAAAGACCUGCGUCUGACAGCCGCGUCUCGUCUUCGACCCAAGACACGUCGUACCGGAGUGAUGGCCGAUAUCGAGCCCAUAAGAUCAUUAGCCCUAGUGGCUCUAAUGCAUCUAGUCCUGGCAUGGGAGUUCAUCUGGCACCGACAGCGUCUUCGAGAUUACAGUUGGCUGCAUCCCCUGGUUAUCUCGGUUCAACGAGCUACUCGGCAGUGCUGGCAGAGCACCAGAAGGAGAUUCCUAUUGAUUCCGAAGCACCGGUGGGCACAAUGCCGAAUGCCAUAGACCCCGACAGUGCACAGGCCGGUUUCCGGGUUCUUGCUCUGCUGUACAACUUGACCUUCCUCGAUGGACUAAUUGUUCGAUCCUAUAGAGGAAAAUGGUACAGGAUCUUCCCGACAUCUAUCAUCGAGAAGAUCGUGAGCGUCACACGGCGACUUUAUGAUCAUUUCGAGGCCUCUGAGACUGAGGCUCGAUUAAGCGACCUCUCCAUUCAAGUCUUUCGCAACUCUUUUAGACCGAUGCCUCGCUCUAAAGACAUGACAGUGGAUGAAUAUGUCGAUACAUUUACAGGCGAAAACACGCGCUGGGAAACCAUUGCUCUUCUGCUCGCCAUUGCAGGCAAUGCAGUGCUUUCAUGCUACGAACAGGACCCCGUUUUUGCGGAGCUACGAGGGUAUAGCGACGGCCAGAAGGAAAAUUUCCAAGUAAAGGACCAGCUCUUGUCGCAGUUGUCCGACGCGGCUAGUACAUGUCUCACGUUCUGCGACCAUACAGCCGCUUCGAAUGAAAUUCUAGCCUAUGCGCAGUAUACCGAUGUAGUGGUUAAAACACAGCAGUAUGGUGAUUCCAGCUAUCAAGCGUGGCGUCGUCUCGGUGACCUUUCUGCCACGGUGUACGCCUCUGGUCUGCACAAGGUCGAUGGCCCUGCGGAUGAGAACUGUCCAUUUUUCUUGAAACAGCUACGACGAUGCUGUUUUGCCGCGGCAUUCUUCGUCGACAAAUCCGUGGCAACGUUUGUGGGGCGACCACCCCUGAUAAACUUUCGUUAUUGCUCGCUUGCCCUUCCUUACGAUCUUGAUGAUGAUAUGCUUCUUGUGCCAGGUGUCGCCGAGCAAGAUGUUUUGAAACAAGUCGACGUCAACGGAUGGGACAAGGAUGGGAUCAAGCGACGCACAAGUAUCGUUCGCAUCCGGUUUCUGCUGUCGAUUUGUCGCGACGAGAUUCUCGAGAUGGCCUUGGGGGAUGGGUAUCAACGAGAUAUUCCCCGGAAAGCAGAAGCAAUUCUGGAACGCGCACACAAGGCCUGGGAGCAAUGCCCGGCACAUCUGCGCUACGAUCACCUCUCCCAGGAAGAACUCAACAACCAACUCCAUUGGCAGCACAUGGCAGUCACUCUGCUGUACAUGGACUACCUGCACAGCCAUUUCCUGCUGCACCGUGCCGUUGUCAAGUACACUGAUGCCGGCCAGAAGCCUCUCUUUGACACCGCCAGAUCAUUACUCUCCACCGUACUUCGCCUUUGCAACGAGCGCGAAGUCACCACCGACCGAAGUAAACAGGUCUCAUGGGUUGUGUUAUACUACGGCCUCCCUAGCGCGUGUGUUUUGGCAUUUGAAAUCCUGCGACAAACUCACAACCCAGGGCCUCUCCAUCCCUCUGAUGUUCAUUUGCCACGAUCGGAAAUCAUUCGCAAUCUUAGCGUGUUUGUUUCUUGCCUUGCCUGGGCUGCUAGUCCCAGCCCGAGUCAUGGAAAUUAUGCUGUGUGCCGGGAAGUCGAGAAGAAACUAGCACACAUUCUCGACCAGAUCCUCGACCCCCCGCCGCGAGUGACUGCACCACCUGAAGAUUUCAGCUUCGUGCAAAAUUUUGCGUCGGGGCUAGAGGGGUACUUGGACUGGAACCAGUUCAAUAAUGGGUACGAUUUCAAUUCGGAUUAUUUUGCUUUUUGA